AUUAAACUCAGACACAGUUUGGAGGAGAGACUCGCCAUGGCGCUAAGUCAGGGCUCCAGGAUGCUCAGUAAAGAUGACGCGAAUUAUAAACUUCACUUUCGGAUGAUUAACGAGCAACAAGUGGAGGAUAUCACCCUUGACUUCUUCUACAAACCGCACACCAUUACUUUACUGACGUUCACCGUCGUCAGCAUAAUGUACUUUGCGUUUACGAGGGAUGAUAGUUAUCCUGAUAAUAACCUGCAUGUGGGUCUCCUGCUGGUCGUCUCUUUCUUUCUUGUUAUCAGUAUUCUUGCAUUCCCCAACGGUCCUUUCACAAGACCACAUCCUGCAAUAUGGCGCAUGGUUUUUGGUCUUAGUGUCCUUUACUUCCUCUUCCUGGUGUUCCUCAUCUUCCUGAACCUGGAUCAGGUGAAGACACUGUUGUAUUGGCUGGAUCCCAAUCUACGUUACGCCACACGGGAAGCAGAUAUCAUGGAGUAUGCGAUAAACUGUCACAACAUCACGUGGGAGCGCAUCAUGAGUCACUUUGACAUCUUUGCCUUCAGUCAUUUCUGGGGUUGGGCGAUGAAAGCUCUGCUCAUCCGCAGCUACGGCCUCUGCUGGACCAUCAGCAUCACGUGGGAGCUCACAGAGUUGUUCUUCAUGCACCUCCUGCCAAACUUUGCAGAGUGCUGGUGGGAUCAAGUCAUUCUUGACAUCCUUUUGUGCAAUGGAGGAGGGAUUUGUCUUGGUAUGACUGUGUGUCACUUUUUAGAGAUGCGUACCUACCACUGGGCCAGUAUCAAGGAUAUCCACUCCACCACAGGCAAGCUGAAACGGGCUGUCAUGCAGUUCACUCCCGCCAGCUGGACGUAUGUGCGUUGGUUUGACCCCAAAUCCUCGUUUCAGAGGGUGGCUGGAAUAUACCUCUUCAUGAUUAUAUGGCAGCUGACAGAGUUGAACACGUUUUUCCUGAAGCACAUCUUCGUGUUUCAGGCGUCUCAUCCUCUCAGCUGGUGCCGGAUCCUCUUCAUCGGGAUCAUCACUGCCCCCACAGUGCGGCAAUACUACGCAUAUCUAACAGACACCCAGUGCAAAAGAGUGGGAACACAGUGUUGGGUUUUUGGGGCCAUUGCUUUCCUGGAGGCGCUGGCUUGUGUCAAAUUUGGACAGGACUUGUUCUCAAAAACACAGGUUCUCUAUGUUGUCCUUUGGCUUUUGUGUUUGGCUUUCAUUACUCUUCUCUGUCUGUAUGGAAUGGUCUGGCACGAGAAGAAUUAUGGGAAGAGACUGAAGAGUAUUACAGAUUGCGAUGACAGCAGCUUUAUUGGCCCGGAUCACCACGCUCCUGAAACUGUCAAAGCAGAGAGAAGCUCAAGUAGAAAUACCAGUUCAUCGAGAAGAAGAAAAGGAGGUUCUGGAAAAAACAAAUCAAUCAAUGGAUCAAGCGGCAAGAAGUGACGACCUAAGACUACGAUCCUCACUGGACCUGAACACACGAGCGGCGAAAGAGCAAAUCUGUCAUAAACACUUGAAGAGAUGUAAAGCAGGGCGAUAAACCUAGGACACGCUCCAAACCCUCGUACUACUUUCACUUUAUUUUCAGAGCACUUGGAAGGACUUGUGGUACGCCAGGUUUAGUGUAACACACACUUUCUAAUGGCACUGAUGUGGAUUUCAUACGUCUGAAGUGUGUGAGCCAGUGAAUGUUUGCAAUGCAGCGUUAUCUUCUGUUCUUAUUAUAAAUAUUGUUUACGCAGACCGAGCCCUGUUUUUAAAGUUUGCACAUUUUCCUGCACUUCUUCUGCACUAUGCUCAUCAGGGUAAGAAGUUUUAUGCAACAUUUCAUCAUAAGCAUAAAAACAUAAGCUCCACUUUUUUAAUAUAUGCACUUGUUUUAAUGCAGUAUGAUCUUUUUCAGCCUUAAAUUUGCUCUUUUAAAUUAAAACUGUGUAGAAGGAGGGAUAUUUACAUUUAAGAGCUGUUGAUUUAUUUAAAUAUAAUAUGAUUCAGCUUUUUUGGCAACAUGAAAAAGUGUCAUUUUUUUUCUCUGCAUUUAUAGUUUUCUUUUGUGGUAAGAUUUAUCAUCAUCAUUCAUGUGAUUGCGGUCAUGCGUGAAUGAUUUUAGACCCAUAAUGUGUUCUUUGUGAGGCCUUUAAAUGACUAUGCAUUUAUGCAGAUGUUUUGAAGUACUUUUAAUGUUUGCAAAACCCACAUUUAAUGAAACCUGUUUCUAAAAUACUUUGCAGGGAUUUUGUGCUGUUCCUAGUCACGAGUGAUUUUUUUUCAUGGGUUACUAAUACUAAAUGGUAACGAUAUGCUUGCUUAUAUUAACGCAUCACGUGUUUGUUUGUUUUUGCCUUAUUUUUUUUUUUUACAUUUACAUUUUUCAUGGACCAAAAUUGUGAGCAAUACCCAAACUGUUAAACUAUGUCCCUGAAAAAAAAAAAAAACAACAACCAGCAAACCCCAAAAUAACUAAAAAUGUUUGUCAAACUUGAAUCUGCCACAGCGGUAUUCUCAUAUCUGGUGAUUUCAAUCCUUUAAUGUGAUCAAAUGGAGCAAUGAAGUGUGAUUCCAUAUUUGUUUGAAAAAUGUCAUUUUUAUCAGUGUGGUUGGAGAGUAAGAAAUGUUAUUUUUCACUUACUUUAUUGUUGAGUAAUAUUUCCAAAUAAAAUACAGAAUUGAGUGUA